GUCUCUUGAACGUAGUGUUUUAAAAUUCUCUUUGAUUGUUACGUACUCAGUACACACAAAUAUUAUUAAUUAUUUAUUCGAAAAUAGAAAUAAAUAGCUAUGAAAUAAUUUGAUAUGAAAAAUCGAUAAAAAAUUCAAGUAAAAUUAUAUUUUAUUUAUAAAUAAUUUGAUUUUUUUUGUAUGUUUAUGAAACAUAUAUUUUUAUGUUUACGUGCUAUUUUUUUAUAACCAAACACCAACUACCAAAAAUUCUGUAUUGAAUAAUGGCUGAUAAAGAACGAUUAGAUCGAAUAAAAGCUGGAGCAUUUUUGGCUUCAGUGGCUGGGAUAUCUGGUUUUGUUGGAUUUUGUGCAACAUUAUCCACAGCUAAGAAAGCUGACCCUAAGUAUUUCAAUAAAGGACUCCAGGGUGGUGUAGAAUUUGCUGAUGCAGGAGCCAUAUUAGCUUUAAGAGCUCUAGGGUGGGGUACCCUUUAUGCUGUAGCUGGAACAUCAUUUUUGUGUUAUGGAAUUUGGAAAUUAUCUGGUGCCAAAGAUUUAAAGGACUUUAGAGUUAAAGUGGGCAACAUACUUCCAGUAUUGCCAAAAAAUAAUCCACCACAAUCAAGAACAGAGUUUAGUGGAAUGAAUGACCUAUUAACAUAUUUGUCAGAAGACUACGGAAAAAAGAAAUCAUGAAAAUUUAUAAUUUUUUAUACAUUAUAAUACAUUAUUGUACAGAUAUUUAAUUAGGUUUUAGUUGCUUAGAUCUUGUUUGAUUAAAACUUCUUCUUUAUAA